AUGACUUUAUGACCUCCUUUGCAUGACCGUUUCCUUCGUUUUCCAUUCUCGUAAUCUCUUCACGUCACUGGCUGAGUUUCUCAUCAGCCAAAUCGGCAUACCUCUCCUUCCCCCCUAAACUUCCCCUUGGCCAUCCUAGUCGUUUCCGAGAUGGAAACCACGAAAGUCGUUCCUCUUACGUGCCACGGCCAUUCACGACCUGUCCCAAACAUCCAUUUCUCGGGCAUCGUUGAAGACGACCAAUACUACCUCAUCUCCUCCUGCAAGGAUGGGAACCCUAUGAUGCGGGACGGUAUAACUGGAGAUUGGAUAGGGACGUUCCUCGGUCAUAAGGGCGCAGUAUGGCAGGCUAGACUCUCACAAGACGCCACUCUUGCGGCCACUGCAUCCGCCGACUUUUCAGCGAAAGUCUGGGAUACUCAUACCGGCGAAGCGCUCCAUACCCUCACGCAUAACCACAUCGUUCGAGCCGUUGCCCUUCCGAACCAGCCGCGUCCGCAGAUCCUCGCUACAGGAGGAAUGGAAAAGAAGCUCCGCAUCUUCGACCUAUCCUGCGAACCUUCGACGUCUGCAUCAGGAUGCUAUGAGAUUGGAUCCGGUGUGCAUGAGGGCACCAUAAAGUCGAUAGUAUGGACAGCAGACCCCAGUAUCGUGAUAACGGCGGCAGAGGACAAGAAAAUCAGGUGGUGGGAUCUCCGGACGCAAUCGCCCAUUGGAGAGUAUACGGUGGAAGGUAUUGUCGGCAGUUGUGAGCUGGAUAACACUUCUUCAGAUGGCCUGCUCAGCGUCGCCGCUGGAAAGAGUGUUUAUUUCUUCAACAGCACGUCCCCGAGUUCGUUGAUCAAGAGCAUCAAGACGCCCUACGAGCUUGCGAGUGUUGCGGUGCAUAGCGCGGAAGGCAAGUUUGUCACUGGUGGUGGUACCCAGAACGACACAUGGGUGAGAGUCUGGGAUUUCAACGAGGAAAAGGAACUGGAGACGAACAAAGGUCACCACGGCCCAAUCUGGUCCAUCAGCUUUUCGCCCGAUGGAAAGCUGUAUGCCACUGGAAGCGAAGACGGCACGAUAAAGCUCUGGAAAAACACCAACGGACCAUACGGCCUGUGGAAAUGAGCAUCAUGGCGGUGGAAAGGUCGCAUCCGGCGUGAGCUGCAGCUCCCGCAAGUACCAUUCGCAUGUCGAUACCCAUUUACUAUAUACCCUUUGAAAUCGUACCUCCUUGGCCUAGCCAUUUGCUUGUUAGACCCGGUCUCCAGCAUUUACCAGCCUUUCUGGUUUAUUAGGCCAUUUCCAUGUGCGCGCUUCCAACGAGUAUCGUUGAUGGGAAGGAGGCG